AUGCGACGUAUACUUCUCUCUUAUCGAGAGCUGAGUUGGGGGCAGACGGUUGUGGCAGCGCGGCGAUUGCUGCGUCAAAGGGGAAGAGGUAAGAAGGAAGAGUUUGCGUCCGUUGCUUCAGUGGAGGUUCCUUCUCUGCGGGCUGGGGGCAUGAUGGCGGCCCCUGAUAAUUCGCUAGAUGAUAUUCGCUCGGAAAUCCUUCGCAUGCGUUCGGAGCACGCAGCAGGCAAGGAGACUAUUCAUGAGAGUCCGGCUCCUGCCGGCAAGAAGCAAGUGACAAGCGUGGAUAACGCCUGGCGCGAGAUGCUAGAUAAAGUCCGGCCGAAUGAGGCCUAUGGUAAGGGGCAGGAUGUCAUGGAACGUGUAAGGGCGAAGGAUCGUGUAGUUAGAAGGCAACUCUUCUUGGAUGCUGAUGAGGUGUUGAGAAAAUCGAACAAGGAGGACACGCUUCGGUACCUGCAGUUGGUGUAUGGGCGCAUUGGAUCCCAGCAUCGUGAAGAGGUGAUGGAGGCUGUGAAGGCACUGGUGCAGUCCGUGGAGAGGGAGACGCAAGCGAUACGCGGGAGGCUUCAGGAAAGUCAUAAAGGCAACGCGUCCCUCGUGGACGCCGAUGACAUCUCCCCGGAGGAGGUAAAGCAAAUGGCGUGGGUGAAUGCGUUGGCAAGUAUGUCUGACGAGGCCCUACGAAAACUGUGGAGGUGGGGUAUACUCGAGUUUGACACGAUCGAAGCGCUGGCCUGUGUCGAUACGAAUAGCGACGCCCCUGCGGUGGAGGCGGGGUCGCAGGCGACCAAUGAAGCAAAGUCACAGGGUGUGGCUCCGCCAGAGGAAGGCGCCGUGGCGGGUAACGAGGAGGUUGAUGUGGCUUCAGCGAGCCAUUCACUCCCGAUAGAGGCAAACAUUGAGGCAUUGAACGGCGUCGGUGAAAUCCCCGAGUUCACGGCAACCAUGUACGAGAAUAUGCUUCUGGGGCUCCCCAGCAUUGACCUGGCACCUGUCAUGCAGAAGGUGCAGGAAAAACAGUAUGAGGGCAUUUCGGAGCCCGAGCUGCGCCUCUUGGAGCGCUACGAGGAAAGCAAGCAGACUCUUAAAUUGUCGACACCGUCAACCGCCACUGCCUCCGCGAACGAGACUGCGGGGACUGGGGAAACGCGGGUGGAGGCAGAAACUGGCUCACGGGACCGACUCACUACAGAGACCACCCAUUCCCUGCAUGAAACGGCGCCUCCUUGCCAACUCUCCCUCACCGAGGCAAUGAUGGACCGUGCGCUUUCUCCCUCAAAUCGUUUUUUGCACGCCGUUGCCCGCCACGACGCGGCGUUGCACUCCUCGCUUGAAGGCAUGGAGCGGAUUAAGCGGCAUGCGCUGCUGGAUCCCGUCUUUCAAGCCGCAGUUGAAGAGGCACAGCUGUGGGGAGAGACGUCGCUGCGACCGCACCUUCAAAGGGACGAAGUCCAUGCGGCGGGUGGAACACGCAGGCAACGUUCACUGCGCCGUGCCAAAGGUGGUGCUGCUGCGCCGCUGCUUGGCGGUCCGCUUGCCAAACCCCAACACGCCGCCGAUAUACCGUACUAUUACGGUAACGUUCGCAGCUUCGUGCCACCGCAAGGACGGUAUAACAUGCCAGCGCCCCGCCUGUCGCGGGAGGAGGCGGCGCAGCUGCGGAACCAACGGCGCAAGCAAAAAAAAUCCAGAGUGCGUUACAGCCAGUAA